AUGUAUGCCGACCGGGGGAAGCGCAGCGGAAUGUGGAUUGGCGCCAACUGCAGCGCAGACUUUGGGUUCAUCUGCAAGGCACCACAACCAGGCCGCUCACAACUCCAGGUGAUUUCGCAGGGAGCAUGCCCUACUGGCUGGUAUCAGUUCCUCACCCAGUGCUAUUGGUUUGAGUUCAAAUUCCAGAGGAACUUUUCAGCCGCCCAGGCGACAUGCAAGAAGACCAGUUCAACUGCACAACUUGCUGUAGACCGAGGCGAUGGCGUCCUGGACUUCUUUCUUCAUGUGUUGCAUCAGUUUUCCCCAGCAGUAAACGAGAGCAUGUACAUUGGUCUCCGGAGGCAAGGAAGGUUUGGCGCGUUCGCUUGGCUGAACGAUGCGUGCAAUAAGUACACACGAUGGGGAUGUGGAGAGCCGAAUACCGCGGGACAUGGGCGAGACUGCGGCGUUCUCAGUAUGGGCAGCGGCAACUCCAAUUCUGGCAUGAUGGCCGCUGAGACCUGCCACCAGGAACGACCGUUUGUGUGCCAAAUGCCUGUCCCAAGCACAUCACCACCAACUUUGCAAUGCGAUGACCAGAAGUGCGAGACGGGCUGGGCAUAUUUUCGCGGCACUUGCUACUUCAUAUCCAGUGGUGACACAGCAGAAAUCAGCAGCGACAAUGCCAGCAACCGGUGCCUGAAAAACUUUGCUGAGCUGGUGUCUGUGGCUGACAGUGAUGUAAACGACUUCCUGGUCACUCAGGUCAGGGCGCGUCACCGUAAAACUGGAACCGAGUUUUGGAUCGGCUGGAGGGAAGACGAAAGCACUUGGCACGAUGGCACACCAACAGUGUUCCGUAACUGGGCAUGUGCCUGGGAGCGCACCGCCUCAUCUGCAGCAGGGGCAAGGAGCUGCGGGUACAUGCUCGCCGGUGGCAGCUCGCUGGGCAAGUGGGGUGCGGACCGCUGCGAUGCUUCGGUCAAGAAGGACGGUUUCAUUUGUCAACGUCACAUUGGCGCCACGUCCAAAAAGGCAACUGACCACUAUCCUAAAUUCGUACAAGGUGUGUGUGGACAUGGCUGGACUAGGAUGGGGGGCAGAUGCUACCUCUUCAAGCUUGCCUCCACCGACAGGACCAACCACGCUGGCGCUGUUCGUGACUGCGCCGCUCAGGGUGGCCGUCUGGCUAGUUUGAGUACCAAGGCACAGAACACCAUGUUGAUGAAGUAUAUGCUGAGUCAGCACCCUGCACACCGCACUCCCAUCUGGCUCGGCCUCUACCGGAAGACACCAACCGAUUCGCCCGCGUGGGUAAGCGGCAACAAGCUGGCGUAUGCAAACUGGGCUUGUGGAGAGGAAAAUGCAGCUGAGAACUCGGGUAGUGGUAGUGGGGAGGGAACUAGCACUAAGAACUGUGCUCAGACAUCGCUGGACGCCAGCUCGUUCUUCUCCUCCAUGUGGAAAUAUGACAGCUGUUCAUCAUCAUAUAACUACAUCUGUGAGGUGAACCACACACAACCAUGCCCACCAGGCUUCCGCAAGGAUCACAACAGUUGCUAUUACUUCGCACUUAGCGCCUCAGUGGACCAUGCCACAGCUCAAAGUCGAUGUGUUGGGCUAAAAUCCAACUUGGUCACUAUACGUGACUAUUCCGAGCAGGCUUUACUGGAGUCGUUCCUGAGUAAUUUAGCUGCAAAGUACGCUACUACCACACAGCGCUAUUGGAUAGGGUUGAAUGACGGUGAUUCCGACGGCAUUUACACAUGGAAAGACGGAACCCGUGCCAUCUACCAGAACUGGAGGUGCGGCAGCCAGCCCAGUGCCCGACAGGGAUGUGUCACCUUUGAGCACUCUCCCAGGUCCGAAGGCGGCAAGUGGGAUGAUUCCAGUUGCAACACUGCUCGAAAUGGAUUCAUCUGUAAAGCACAUGUCGGCAGAUCUGAGACAUUCCUUUCCACUGAACCAGAUGGCUGCAAUGCUGGAUGGGUUAAUUACGACGGUAUGUGCUAUCAGUUCAACAUGGAGACGGCCGAUAAGUCCACGUACAGCGAAGCCGACAAGCAGUGUACCAAAAUCAGUGCAAAGCUGUUUAGCGUGCACAGCGACCACAUAAACCAGUUCGUUAUGCACUACAUCACACAGGAGAAGGGCAGCUUCGAUGGUGCAGUAUGGCUCUCUUUGAGCAAGGUCAGUAAAUGA